GAUCUCAGGGCUGACGCAAAGGUAAAAUUUAGGGAUUUUUUUGGCCUCAUUUCCUCCUAGUAUUCCUGCCAUCUACGAAGAAGGAAAACCGCGAGAAGCUAACAUCUUCUCACAAGUCUAAGUUCGGAGGUUUUAGCCGAAAAUCUGACGGAAGAUGUUGUCCUGCGACGUCUUUGCAGACGACAGCGGGGUCGAUUCGCCAGGGUCGUCCCUCGGCUCGCCCACCCGCCACAGAAGCGCCAUGAGCCACGACGACUCUCUGCCGAGCUCGCCCGGUUCUCCCGGGUCCUGUGGACCGAGUUCCCCACCAGAUAUGAAGAUCCCUGCUGAACGCCCAGUGAUCUUGAACAGUAGGGGCAAGGCAAGGAACACGGUGAAGAAAAUGAUCGAAAAGGCGAACUACCCAUAUCCAAACGGGAGCCCAAGAAGUUACUCCAGCCAGGGAAGCCCACCAAACCUUUACUACAUUAGAUCUGCAGACGGUCCUGUGGUGCUCAACACCUACAGUUUGGCUGGGGCUGCUGGGCCUCAGAGUCAGAUGCCUCCGAUGAACACCACUACCACCAGUGCUUGGCCCGCGAUAAGUCAGAGCAGCAGUAUGUCGGCAACAUGGCAACAACCGACAACAUCUAACAGGGUGAUGCUCCCUGGAGUCCCAUCUUCCUAUGUGAGCAGUGACUCUGCAGGACUUGUUAUUAACCAAUCCCCACAAGUUGCUGUGGUCACCCCCUCCCGUGCCACUCCCAAUCCCGUGGAGCCUUCUACUUUGAAUGAUGAUGGGGCGGUUGAUGUGAUCUUGGCCAUGUUGCAGGAUCAGAUCAACUCAGCGCCAAACUCUGAUCCAGCCAAACCAGAAGAUGUCAAGCCAGAUAUUAGCCACACUGCCUGGUCGCAGAUGGAAGUCAAGGCUCAAGGGUUUGACAUGGAAACAUGCAACAGUGUAGAUUCAGGCUACACUUCUAUCCCAUUCAACCAGCAGGGAACAACCGCAGCCAAGUGGAGCCCUCCUCAGCCAACAGUGACCCAACCUAGCGGUAUGGUCUCCCCACCAAAGAUGUUCAGCUCCAAGAACGGCAUGUCCAUUGGCACCAUGCAGGAAGUUACAACAGACCAGCAGACCUCGACAACAUCACUCCCUUCAUACACCUGCCCUCCCUUCAUCCCCCAAUCCAUGCCUACCAGCUACAGUGCUCCAAAAGGCCCCCCUAGGUCAACAUACGUUCCACCAGGUAUGGUGCCGCAACGGGCGCUCAUCAGGCCAUCCCAGUUGAGUCUCAGCAGUUUGACAGACCAGAUGCAGCCACCCUGUAACAACUCCUUCCAGAACCAGUCCUUCCCCAGUGUGCAGCCCUACAGUAAUGGUCCUGUCAGCCAGCCACAGCAGAGAAGCCGUCAGUCCCCACAACAGAGCCUGCCAUUGGCCAGGCAGAUCUCUCAAGAAAUCCACAAGGAUGAGCUGUUACACCAGGACGAUGAUGGAGACACGUACCUGACCAUUGUGGUGAUGCAGGGGAACUGUGAUGUAGUCCAGGCUGUGGCAGAGCAGAUGGUCAGCCUUAACCUCAGUCUCGACGUCCCCGAGAAAUCUGGCAAGACUGCCCUGAUGCUUGCUGUGAUGGAGGAAAGGUGGGACAUGGUGUAUCACCUGGUCCGUCUGGGGGCAGAUGUCAACAAACAGGACAAGGAGGGUCGGACUGCCCUCCACUUCAUCGCGGAGAACGGGGCCAUAGAAGUGCUGAACGCUCUCAACUCUGUAGCCAAGGAGCUGCACAAGGACAUCAACAUGGACUGCAAGAACUACCAAGGCCUAACGCCCCUGCAUUGCGCACUUAUGGAGAGCGGUCACUGCCAGGGUCAGUUGAAGCAGCUGCCCAGGGCCCAGUCCAUCACAUGUGUCCCCGGAACCGUUAUGGAGACUCGAGAGAAGCAGGUCCUGAGGGCCAAACAACAGAAACUCCAACAGGUGGUCAAGACCAUGUUGGACAUGGGAGCUUCACCAAGCUGCCAGGAUGGGAAGAGUGGUCGUACGGGGCUGCACCAUGCCGUACAGAGCUGCAGUACUGAGCUGGUGGACCUGCUGCUGGCAGGCUUUCAGGACGCCACCAGGCGCCACAAGUUUGUCAACCAGACGACGUACAGCGGGAACACAGCGCUGCACUCAGCUGUAGGACUACAGGAUGACAACAGGGCUGAUAUUGUGAGGUUACUUGUGAGAUUCGGAGCAGACCAGAGUGUCAGGAACGAUGAGAAUGACAGGGCCAUCGACUUGGUCAAGAAGGAGGAUACAGCAGUCCGUAGCAUUCUUGGAGGCGGUAGAAAGUUCCGCAGCUGAACAACUCACUUGGUCAUCUAGUGGGAUGUCCUAGGCAGCUAGCAGAAAACAUCUUCUGGAUACGUGUGUCCAUCUGGUAUUGUAUGAAUGUUAAGUGUGCGAAGCCAGCACUUUUGAAAGGGAAGUGUACAUGUCGACUUUGCAAGGCAGAAUGCUUUGGCUAAUUGCAUGAAAUAUCUUACAAAUGGCCAAACCAUUCUACCUUGAAAAGUGUUUGAAAUGUUGACAGAUGUUGUGCCUUGGUCAAUAAGUGCAUAUUUGGUGUAAUGUAGACAUUACAACAGAAUGUCACAACAUUAAUUCAAGAAAUGUGCAGAUAUUGUGGGUAAGGAAUAAUCAGUACAUUGAAUCACUCACAAACUUACACAUAUGAUCUGACCCAUUCACAGAGACUGUUAACUUUUAUUUCCUUCUGUCCCAAAACAAAAGAAAUCAAGAACUCAUAAUACUAAAUAUUCUACACACAUACAUGUCUAUCAGCUUUGGUUAAUUUGAACAGUUCUUGCCCUGUAUUGUGUCAAGCAAUCCUUUUUCAUCACUAAGAAUACCUUCACAAGACAUGAAACCUUGUUCCUUGCCUGCAAUGAAGCGAAAUGUUAAAGUUCAUAUUGAACGUUUGUCAUCCAUAUGGAUGGCUGUCCAGGUCUUGGCACUAAUGUUACAGCCACAAUCUUUACAAAUUUCUGUGCUUUCUGUGUAGCUUCUGCUUUUAACUACCUUUCUGAAACAGUAUGGCUGUCUUUUUUCUUUAUUCUGAAUGUUGGAUAUUGUUCAGCACUCACUAUUCUUUUGAUUCGUCAGAAAUUCUAUGAAAACAUCAAUAUUGUCAGAACAUGCCAUACAAGAAAAUCUGUCCUCAAACUUCAUACAUUAUUAAGCUACAUGCACUUCAGUCAACUUGAAGCACUGACAAAUUCCCUGAUCUGUGCAGCUGUAAUGCUUAGACCUGGACGUAUUUGGCCCCUAUGGUGGCCUGUAAUGAUCACUAACUAUGACAAACUAUCUAAGAAAGUAAAUCAUCCCAUUUCUGCCUUUGGAGUUUUGCCCGUUCUAAACUGUAAAGCAGAGCAGUAGCAUCAUUUUGAUGUAUGACAAAAGUGGUUUGACUUUAAAAGUCCCUUCCUAUGGUCUUUGAUAUCAUGGAAUGUACGAACACUUUCCAUAGUGUUGCUACUCUUGCUGUAACAAUGUUGUUAUAGUAUUAUGGGGUGGAUAUGCCAAGAUGCUGAGGUCAUAUCUGUAAAUGUUGGAUAAGAAAGAUGGUGCCUUUGUGAAUGUAUCUGUAUCAGAGCAGGUGUAUACUGUUUGAUAAAAUAAAGACAUCACUUGGUAUUCAGUAUUUUAGAAACGAUAGAGUAUGAGACAAUUUUAAACUUGUAUUUAGACUUUAUUUAGGGGUGGACAUAUUAAGAUACAUUGUGUAGAUGAAAGUUGUGUAAGUUUUGGUCUGUAAGUGUUGGAUAACAAGGUAAUGCAGUGCCUUUGUAAAUUUGCUUAUUUAGAGAUUUGCUCUCCAGGGAAGUAACAAAUUUACAUUUUGCUAUGUAUAAGAGUAUCCUACAGCUACUUAUGCAGAGUAUGAUUGAGUGUAAAAAAUUAUGCAGACUUUAUUGUAUCUGUACCCGUAUAGCCGGUAUAACCGCCCUUCGGCAUAACAUACCAGCAUCUGUUUUCUACAUCAUAGAGGUGAUAUGAUGUAUAAAAAUGUGGUGUUUAUUUUUGUUUUGAUUUGGAAGUGCCUUGUAUAGUGACAUUGAUUGUGAUGUUUCAGAGACUAUGAAGUUAAAGACACUGCGACUUGAAUUAUAGUGUACUUUUUGUGUGAUUUUGCACAAACUUAUGUUGUUGGGAAAACUGAAGGGUUACAUUUUGAAAACUAUAUUGUGGUGCAUAGUUGCAAUGGACAUGAGGCCAGUAUCCUGAAUAAAAAUUCUACAUGCUUAUUCUACAUGACUUACCUUCGGAAAAGCAAAGCAUUGACAGGCUUAGCUUAGCUUAGGCUAAGCACACCUGUUAAUGAGAAUAGGAAAUGCCUUUUACCCUUUGGACAUAUUUUCAUACAUUCUUUGUGCAGCUUUUGAAGACAAACUCUUACCUUUCUUAAGAGUAAGAAAUUUCGUCAGUGGUUAGCUACACUUAUACCUGUUUAUGUCAUUCUGAAAAGCUGUUGGUUGCAAAUAUGUUAGAAUUUGUUUGGAUUUAAUCAGUAUUACAUGUAAGGUGUGCAGCUCAUAUGAGCCCAAUGUAUCAAUCAAGUAUUCACUAAAGAAGUGCAUGUAUCACUUUUUAAGUACAUAUAAAAUUAAUGCUUCCAGCAUAGUGAUCUUGCUUAUGAGCUCUAAUCGGAGGAAUAACAGGUAAUUGUUUUGGUAUAAGGACUAUUUUGCACUGUGCUGUUUUAUCAUUUUAGUACUGUUAACAUGGUUGGUUUUUUGUGUAGUGCUUGAAAUAAAAUUUUCUGUGGGAA